AUGCUGACUGUACAUAAUUUCCGACAUAACACACGAUCACGUGACACAAUACAUACGUAAUCAAUCAUCAUCCCAAAAACCUUUUGAAUAUCUCUUUUUCCAUAAUAAUUAAUUUCAUAACAAUAAUUACAUUCAUAUUCAUUUAUUUCAAAGAGAGGCAGCCAGCCAGCCAGCCUGUUAAUAAUUCAAUAUUUAAUUGUUCUAUAUAUACACACAAUAUAUACAUACACUUUUUUCACUCUACCUUGCCAUCAUUAAUAAUCACCCCUAAAAAGUUCCUCCCCAUAAUAAUUACCCAAUCUCCACCGCAGCUAUGGAAACCACCGCCCACGCGCCGCCGCACAUCGCCAUUCUCCCCUCACCAGGAAUCGGCCACUUAAUACCCUUGGUCGAAUUCGCCAAGAAACUCCACCACCGCCACGGCUUCUCCACCACUUUCGUCAUCCCAACCGACGGCCCACUCUCCGCCGCCCAAACCACCUUCCUCUCCGCCCUUCCCGCCGCCAUCGACUACAUCCUCCUCCCCGCCGUCAACUUCGACGACCUCGCCGCCGACGUCAAGAUCGAGACCCGCAUCUCCCUCACCGUAACCCGCUCCCUCCCGUCGAUCCGCGACGCCUUCAAAUCCCUCCACCAGUCCAAGACCCUCUCCGCCGUCGUCGUCGACCUCUUCGGCACCGACGCAUUCGACGCCGCCCGCGAACUCAACAUCCCACCUUACAUCUUCUUCUGCUCCACCGCCAUGGCCCUCUGCAUGUUCUUCCACUUGCCCACCCUCGACGAAACCCUCCCCGGCGAGUACAGGGACGCGCCGGAAAAGCUCCGGAUCCCGGGUUGCACCCCGAUCCACGGCCGGGACUUAUUCGACCCGGUUCAGGACCGAAAAAACGACGCCUACAAAUGGGCCAUCCAUCACGCCAAGAGAUACAAACUAGCUGAAGGAAUAUUAGUCAACAGCUUUCAAGAACUCGAGCCCGGCCCGGUUCAAUUCCUUCUCAAGAAAGAACCCGGCAAACCAACCGUUUACCCGAUCGGCCCGUUGAUCAAAAUGGGCCCAUCAAAAUCCGCAUCCGCAUCCGAAUCCGACAUCAGUUUGAAAUUCUUAAACGAUCAACCAAUCGGAUCGGUUCUAUACAUUUCGUUCGGUAGCGGUGGUGCUUUAUCACAUGCUCAAAUAAUCGAGCUAGCAAACGGUCUAGAAAUGAGCGAGCAACGGUUCGUGUGGGUUGUUCGAUGCCCCAACGACACGAACUCCGGCGCGUCGUACUUCAACAUCCAGAACUCCGGCGACCCUCUGGCGUAUCUGCCAGAAGGGUUUCUGGAGCGGACCAGGGAUCUGGGCCUGGUGGUCCCUUUAUGGGCCCCACAGGCCCGGAUCCUGGCCCACGAGUCCGUCGGUGCGUUCCUGACGCACUGCGGGUGGAAUUCGGUUCUUGAAAGCGUCGUCAACGGUGUGCCGAUGAUUGCUUGGCCGUUGUACGCGGAGCAAGGGAUGAAUGCGGUGAUGUUGCACGAGGAUGUACGCGUGGCGCUGAGGCCACGUGUCGGGGAAAACGGGCUGAUCGAGAGGGAUGAGGUGGCGAAAGCUGUCAAGGGUUUGAUGGAAGGUGAAGAAGGGAAAGGGAUUAGGAGUAGGAUGAAGGGUUUGAAGGAUGCAGCUGCAAAAACGUUGGGUGAAAAUGGCGAUUCUGUGAAGUUGCUAGAUGGAUUGGCUGAGAAAUGGAAGAGUAGUGGUAGGAAAUGAAAUAUUUUGGGACCUUAGUGUAAAAUACUUUAAUUUGUUGGGUGCUUUGUGAAAUAAGAAGAAAUCGAUUGCAAAGGUGCUCGUGUAAGUUUGUUUUUUUUUUGAAUAGUUUUUGUCUUGGUAUA